GCAUGGUCAUAACAGGUCUCCCUAGUGGCAGUGACUUGCCGCUUUCACUAAAGUUGAACUACCAAAACAUCGACGAGCGCGAAGAUGGACGGCGAGAACGGGUACGAUAGACACCACAGCGAGAUCGACGUCGAUGGGUUCAAUGAGGGUGGACCUGCGAAAACUCCGCUGGCUACGAGCCGUGCUCAAAGCCCGUAUACCCAACACCCUGACAUCGAUUUCAACGGCUUGAGCUGGCCCAGCAAGGGCGCCCGUGAGAGGAAGGAAGCUACCGAGCAGGAGAAGGAAGAGCGGCUGUCAAAUCUAUCCGGUGCCGUAAGGAAAAUACUGGACUGCAUUGGCGAAGAUCCCGACCGUGAAGGCCUACGGAAUACACCGGAUCGCUAUGCAAAAGCGCUCCUCUUCUUUACGAAAGGCUACGAAGAAAACUUGCGCGAAAUUGUGAACGGCGCCGUAUUCCACGAAGACCACGACGAGCUCGUAAUCGUAAAGGAUAUCGAACUCUUCUCCCUGUGCGAGCAUCACCUCGUGCCCUUCACCGGAAAAAUGCAUAUUGGCUAUAUCCCCAACCGCCGAGUGAUCGGGCUCUCUAAGCUCGCCAGAAUCGCCGAGAUGUUCUCCCGCCGGCUCCAGGUGCAGGAACGGCUCACGAAACAGGUAGCUCUCGCCCUUUCCGAGGUUCUCUAUCCGCAAGGCAUUGCUGUCGUCAUGGAGUCUAGCCAUCUUUGUAUGGUGACGCGUGGCAUCCAGAAGACAGGGGCAACCACGACAACCAGCUGCAUGCUCGGCUGCAUGCGGUCGAUGGCCAAAACCCGAGAAGAAUUCUUGAAUCUUAUCAAUCGGAAAUAGAGCGUGUCAUUUGUAGUAUCAUGCAAUGGUCUGUCAGCGUAGUUAUUGCUAUGAAUGGCGUUCGCGCCGGUGUUAAUCUACUUAGGUAAGGCCCUUUAAGUCCUGAGAGUGAUAUACAUCCUAUUAAUAUUAGUGGCAAUGGUACUGUCCCACUCUUCAGGCUCUCGAUAACAUCUACAUUCGAACGUUCUGCUUCGCUCCGCCGCUCAUCUGUGUGAACUCUUAGCUCAGGUAUCAGGAAGAGUCAAGCUUCAUGCCUCGUUCGACGUAUCGUAUCUAUUUAUAAGCGCUGCCCAUGCCGCAGGGUGUUCCUGGGGAAUGUCAAACAUAUCCGUAAGUAGAGCCAGGUUAUCAUGUAUUG